UGACAUUACGGUCUCACUGGAUAAUUUGGCGUGAUUUUCGUUUGAUCGAAUUUUUCUAAUUUUUGUCAGUUUUCUUUGUUUUAAUCAUGGCAUUUCAAUUGCCAACAACCACAAGCGCCCCGACAGCAGCGGCGCCCUCGUUUUCCUUUGGUCUGAGCACCGGAACAGCCUCACCAGCUGGUGGUCUGGGAGCUGCCGGCGCUGUUCCCGCCACAAAACCCACAUUCGCCUUCGCAGCCCCAGCGGCGACCAUAAAUCUUGGAGGAGGGGAUGCGGAUACCAAAAAAGCACAAAAUCCACCACCAUUCAGUGGUUUUGGUUUAGGCGGAGGUGCGACAUCUACCCCCGCUCUUAGCUUGGGAGGCGCGCCAAAAAAUCCUGUCUCAACAGCAACUCCAGCGGUCGGGACCACGGCAGCUGCACCGGCCUUUGGAGGAUUCCUGUCACAACCUGCUGCAGCAGCUGCGCCAGCUGCAUCGACUGCAGCUCCCGUCGCGGCCACUCCCACAACAGGAUUGCUAUCGGGACUGGGAGCGCCAAAGAGUACCGCCCCUUCUGCCACUAGCUUGACUGCAGCUCCUACGGCUGUGGCUCCACAGACUGCAGCAGCAGCAGUGCCUACUCUGAGCACUGGAGGUGCCUUUGCUAAUCUAACCACCGAAACAAAGACCACGGAUUCCUCGGCAGUAUCUACUGCUAAUCAGCUAUCCUAUAAUCAACUGGAAGAGCACAUAAACAAGUGGACUCUGGAGUUUGAGGAGCAGGAGAAGGUGUUUACCGAGCAGGCGACACAGAUUAAUGCUUGGGACAAGCUGCUCAUCAGCAACAACCAAAAGAUCGUGGAGCUGAACGAUGCUGUGAAGAAGGUGAAGACCGAUCAGCAGGUGUUGGACCAGGAACUGGAGUUCAUAGCCACGCAGCAUAAGGAGCUGGAGGAAAGCCUGGCGCCCCUCGAGAAAGAAUUCGUGAACCUACCGCGCGUCGAUAUGGAGCGCAGUCACACAUAUCUGAUGGUGGAAAACCUGGACACGCAGUUGAAGCAAAUGUCCGAGGAUUUGAAGGAGAUUAUCGAUAACCUGAACGAGGCCAACAAGGGCCAGGACACCACCGACCCGAUUAUCCAAAUUGGCAAGAUCUUAAAUGCCCACAUGAGUUCGCUGCAGUGGAUCGAGUCCCAGUCGUCGAAUAUCUGCCGGAAGCUGGACGACAUUGGAAAGAUCCAAGACACCCAGAAGCGGGACAUAUUCAGGGCUCCCUUUUAGCGCGAUUUAGAAUUGAAACUGUUAACUUGUAACCAACCUCGGUUGGAAGUCCUUAAGAAACGAAUAAAAAAAAGGUGAUUUCAAAUUAGGGGA